GUGGCUUACGCCAUCCUCCCCAGUGAGACUGUGAUCGCCCACAGUGCUGACUUCUCCACUGAGAAAUGCUUCAGUCAUAAGGUGUCGCUGGAGUUUUCUCCGUCCUCAGCUGUCCCAGGAGAGGAGACCACCCUGCAGGUGACAGCCCAGCCAGACUCUCUGUGCGGAGUGAGCGCUGUCGACCAGAGUGUCCUCAUCAAGGAGCCAGGGAAAACUCUUGAGACAGACAAGAUAUUUGAAUUGUUACCUGUAAGAAAAGCAACCUCUAUUCCACAUGACAUUCAAGAUCCUGUAGAAUGCUUGCAUGUUUGGACGAGACCGAGAAGAUAUGUUUUACCAUACCCCUACCAUGACAAGAAAGGUGAUGCUCAUACAGUUUUCCAGAAUGUAGGUCUGAAGAUGGCAACAAACUUGUUUAUUCGAGUGCCUUCAUGUCUCAAGUUCAAAGGAAGAGAAUACCACCAAGGCCACUUUGGAUUGGUUCAAAGUUAUAGCCGUCAAACAUCCAGAAUGAGAGGACCAGUAUUGAGAAUGGAGAUUGCUCGUGAUGGUAUGGUAGACAGUGGAGGCAGUGGAGGCUCUCCUCAACUUCCACCAAUAGAAACAGUCCGCACUUUCUUCCCUGAGACCUGGAUAUGGGACCUGGUUGAAAUGGUCAUUCGAGCGCCGAUGGCCACCUGGCCGAUUCUACAUGUCGAAAUGCCCCAAAAUCGAACGGCCGACGCCGACCUGACGACGGCACGGGACAACAAAACCGAACCGAUUCGAGUCACCGACCUGGAAUCUGUCCGACGACGUCCGACGGCCGAUAAUCGGGUUGGUGUGCAGAGGCCUUAA